CAAAAUUGGUACGUGUAUAUGACUCCAUGAGAACAAGUAGGUCAAUGUUGCAUGCGGCGCAUUUGUGUGUGAGACUUCCGCUACUCUUCCGAUUCAUACAAGCCCACCCAGAUCUUUCUAAGGUAGAGCAUUGGAAUGCUCAGCUAGCUGCAGAUGUUCCACAACAAGAGGGAGGAACUGUUUGCGGACUGAUGGUUGUUUGUUAUGCUGAGGCUUUGUUGUUGGGACUUCCCUUGACACCACAUUGCGAGUAUGCGAACGUGGCUACAAAGAGAUGGCACUUUGCGCUACGCCUUUGGAGUUUGAGGAAGCCAGUUUCUUAGAAAACAUGCAAUGUACAUUUUUUUGCUAAUGUAUCAAACAUUA